AUGUCAGCCGACGAUGUCAAUAACCUACAAACUCGUGACGGCACUGCCGCCGAUGACAACGUUGACAAGACUCCAGCAGGGAACGUAACCGUGGUCAACGCUGACGAAAACACCGCAGCGUUCGAGGAAGUCAAGAAGAUGUUCUCAAACUUCAAAAAGGAGUCAGCAGAACAAGACAAGGUCAUGAGUUUUCUCACUAAACAGGUUGAAAGCCUAACAGCGAGAACCAGGGCCGUUCUUCCGCGUGGAGCAACCCGAAUCCGCGGAAGAAGACUUGAUUUCAUGCCUCCUGUGGACGGGUCUGCCAACACGCAGGGAAAAUCGUCUGGACAAAAACCCGACGAAACUACUCCCGUGCCAACGCGGAAAGAGCCGGAAGACCUUCCUCCCAUCGAGGAAGGUGAAGAGGAUGAAGAAAUCGAACGCGUCGAUUUGGAUUCUAGCAGUCACGCCGAACCUACGGACGAAGACACAGAUAGGAAGAAGCCAUCUUCUGGGACAAACAGGAGGAACUGGCCGAAGAGCAAACUCGGAGUACUCGCAGAAACGCCAACAAGGUUGAAAUCUGCUAGCCAAAAAUCCAAGAUUCGCGAGGAGGCUCGAAAAACGCCCUUCACCACCCGCAUCACCAAAACUAGGGUUUCGGAUCCCGGAAAAGUCAAAGUGGCUCCUUACGAUAGUACAACCGAUCCUAAGGCACACGUGCAGGCUUUCCAGAUUGCGAUGGGAAGAUCCAAGUUUAGAGACAGCGAAAGAGAUGCCGGUGAAUGCCGCCUCUUCGUCGAGAAACUCCGCGGAGCAUUGCUUGAGUGGUUCUCUCGUCUGAAGCAAAAAUCUAUAUGGAGUUUCCGCCAACUCACCUCAGAGUUUCUCAAACAGUACUCUAUGUUCAUAGAUCAAGAAACCUACGAUGUCGACCUCUGGAGUUUAUCCCAGGGAGAAGACGAGUCUCUCCGCGACUUCAUAAAACGGUUCAAAACCGUGAUGGCUAGAGUCAGCGGAAUUAGUGACAAAGUGGCCAUAUAUGCGCUCCGAAAGACGCUUUGGUACAAGUCGAAGCUCAAGAAGUGGAUAACCUUGGACUAG